CUUCCUUUCUUUCUCUUCUUCGGCGCUUCUCUUUCUCAGCUAAGUAUUUCCUUUUUUUUCAUUGAAUUUUCUUUAGAUUUUUGUUUUUUUUUGUUUAGUUUGUUUAGUUUUCUUGUUAAUUUAGAGUUUUUUUUUUAUUUUUUAAGUAUUAGGUUGUCUGAUUAGGGGGGAGGAAUCCAAUCCCAAGAUCUCGUCUUUUUUGGAUUAGGUUUUUGGGUCGAUUUCUCCGUUGGUUUAUAGAGAAAUCAAGCGUUGUUUUGUUGUGAUUUAGGUCUUUUGUUUGUGGAAAAAUUGUUCCUUUUUCCCUUUGAUUUCAAUGUCUGUUCUCUAGCCUUUAUGAAGGUCGCCGUUCUCCUGCGGAGCUUUUGUUUUCUUCAUUCUUUCUCUGUUGCGUUUCUCUACUGGUUCUACGUUUUCUCAUGAACUAAUUAACAUCAGUUCUUGAUCCAUUUGAUCUAAGAAAAGCAUAAAAAUCCAAUUUUUUGAGAGUUCACUACUUCAAAGAUUAACAAGAAAGAGCAAAAGACAAUGUCUUCCACUCCCCCUCGCCAAUCUUCAGGGUCAGAAGCGGACCAGAAGACAGGGAUUGAUGAGAGAAAGAGGAAGAGGAUGCUCUCAAACAGAGAGUCUGCAAGGAGGUCAAGAAUGAAGAAGCAGCAGCACUUGGAUGAUCUGAUAAGCCAAGCGGCUCAGCUCAAGAACGAGAACAGCCAGAUUCUAAUGCAAAUCAAUCUUCUCACCCAGCAAUUCUCUAAGGUGGAUAUGGAUAACACUGUGCUGAGAACCCAAGUGAUGGAAUUGACUGAUAGACUUCAGUCUCUCAACUCAGUGCUUAGGUUUGUUGAGGAGUUCAGUGGCAUGGCAAUGGAUAUACCGGAGAUUCCUGAUCCUUUGCUGAAGCCUUGGCAGCUUCCUUGCCCUGCCAUGCCUAUCACUGCUGCCUCAGCAAGCAUGUUCCAGUGCUGAAUUAUCGUUCCUUGAGAGUUUUCGUAUGGUGGAUGUAUGUAUGUAUGUAUGGAUUAUCUGUGCUGUUCUUGUUAUUGAUGUUCUGGGUCUUGUGUUUUUUCUAGUGCUUCUUUGUUGCAUUGUGUUCUCUAUUGUUCUCUGUUGUCUGGUUCUAGUUCAGGGUAUGUAAUUAAGGUCUAUGUUGAAUGUGAACAUUUGCUUUUCAUAAUCUUAUGCUUGCAAUGUUCAUAGGUUUGAUUGGUUGUUUGAGGGAAUGGAAAUCUUUUCUUGUCAUUUUGAUGCAAUAACAUCAAGUUGUGAUGUUCUUGAGAA